GCAUUAGUAUUGCGUCGUAUGCAAUGGUCACCACAUUUUUGUCGCCUAUAUUUAGCUGGUCGAUCAUCACCUGACUGUAAUAUAAUUGUUAUGUCAAUUGUUGGACGACCACUUUCAUUUGGUGACAAACUAUUACAGUUAUAA